UUUUUGAAAGAUGUUGAGGUUAUGUUUUGGUUCUGGGAAAAAUUUACACGUGUCGAAAAUCUCACUGAGGAGAAAUAAAUCCUGGACAUUGAGUAGAAAAAUGGAAAGAGUGUACUUUAGACAUGGUGCCAAUGAGGAAUCUGUGGAUAUAUCCUUCAGAUAUGCAAAUACAGAGCACAAAAUCGAUCGGGUAUUUAACUUCCGGAGAAACUGUGGAGAACUAGUGGGGGCUUUUACCGAGAGAACUCGGACUAACAUUGAAAAGGAGUUCAAUAAACGCAAUAAGAAGAAGCAGAAGACGAAGGCUAGUGAAGCAGGAGAGGCAGCAGCUCAGCCAACAGCUCCUGAGAUUACAGUCCAGCUCACUGGAGCUGGGAAUGAUCUCUCUGAGAAGACUUUCCAAGAGAUCCUGGACACAGUGAGUCUGAGAAACAGCCUAGAGCUGUCUAUUCUUGGCCAGAAACUCCCAGUGGCCAUAAAUCAUCCAUUUGUGGAUAAUAUCACCCUCCCCACGUCAAUCCUAGCGGGUUUCUUGGUCUAUCCACACAAAGUGGAACUCUCAUUUGCCUCAGAGGACGACUGUAUCUUUAUAUGGUACCGGGGAUUGCUGCCCAAAUCCGGAAAACUUGCAGAAGUAGAAUUUCAGGAAGUAGGAAGAGGUUUUACUUACUUUGCAAAGCCUGAAGAUGUCGACUAUCACCUAAAAGUCGAGUGCAUCCCCCGGAGGGAUGAUCUUGAGGGUCCAAGUGUUGAGUGUGUGUCCAAAAACCCCGUUCAGGCUGGUCCAGGAGAAUGUCCUUUCGACCUGAGGCACAAUUUCACGAGAACUGCCCUUUCCGGAGAACAAUUCCGCAUAGGUUCCUACAAUCUCCUAGCCGAUCUCUAUGCAGACAGUGAUUUCAGCCGACAAGAAUUAUUCCCCUACUGCCCACCCUAUGCCCUCAACAUCGAUUACAGGAAGCAGCUGUUCAUCAAGGAGCUCCUUGGCUACAACUGUGAUAUAAUCUGCCUUCAGGAAGUCGAUGCCAAGAUCUACGACUUGGAUCUCGAGAGAACCUUCCGCGUGAGGGAUUUCGGGGGUGAUUUCAAAGCAAAAGGAGAGACAGCUGAAGGUCUCGCGAUUUUCUACAACAAACUCCGCUUCCGGUUAGUCAAUAGAUUUGGCAUAAAUUACGGCGAGGAGCUCAAAAGCCGAGAUAUUUUUGCCGGAAUUCAGCAGAAAAUCCAUGAAAACGAAGAACUCUUCACGAGGAUUGUGGAGAGGUCGACAGCUCUUCAAGUAGUCGCACUGGAGUCUCUGGACAAUCCUGGGGAAGUGAUUGUAGUCGCAAAUACUCAUCUCUACUUCCAUCCGGAUGCCGAUCACAUCAGACUUUUGCAAUUUGGACUCGCAAUGAUCUUCCUGGAGAAGCAUGUUUUGCCGCAGAUUGAAAAGGAUCUCCCAGGAGCUAGGAAGAGCCUGAUUUUCGCAGGAGACUUCAAUAGUUCUCCUGAUUGUGGAAUUUACAAGCUGAUGACGGAAAACUUCGUUCCCAGCUCCUUCAUUGACUUCCAAAGUAAUCCUGACCAAGUGAUUGAAAAUGUCGAGCUGAAACAACCUUUACCAAUGUCCUCGGCUUGUGGAAUCCCAGAAUUCACAAACUUUACAGCUGGAUUUCGGGCUUGCAUCGACUACAUCUUCUAUCAGACCGAUAACCUGCAAGUGACGCAAGUAAUUCCAUUUCCAAGUGUCCAGGAACUCGAGACUCACAUCGCAAUCCCAUCUGUCGUCUUUCCCUCUGAUCACAUCGCUCUGGUGGCAGAUUUGGCAUGGAAAAAAUAACUACCGAUUGUCUUUUGCAUGUCUUUUUGCGGUUUAUUUAUUAAAAUAACAACUUUCUGUAGACACUAGGUUUUAGGGAGAAGUUGUAAAACUAAAUAAAUAAUUGUCAUACACA